CAGGGAAGUGGUCAUUAUCAGGCAAUGACAGGGGGUUUCGGCAUGACGACCAUCCACAGUCGCUACGGGUCCUCCCCGGGAGACUGGAAACGGGAUCUCUUCGCCCAGACGGAUUACUCUUGCCGUCAUUUUGCGAAACCUUUUUUAUACUGACCUUUACUUUUAAAGAGUAUCUCAAUUCUUUCGUGUGUUUUUUUUUGGACAUUAGCAUCGUUUUUGUUUCGGUUUUAGUGAUUUGUUUCUGAUGUGAGUGGUCUAAGAAGGUGUGUCGAUCCAUGAUGCGUUUUUUAUAAGUUUGGGAUUUGUAUCGUUCGGAGAUGAAGAACAUUGUAGGAUUGAGGAACCCCCUCUUGUCGAUUCUCGCCAGAUUAUUCUUGUUUUGGACUUUGGUUGAGGCGCAGGUGGAGUCUGACGGCGGCCUGUCAGCGCAGGAGCAGAUGUACAUCCUGUACGAUGUGAAGCUGCAGUGCCACCUGAAUCUCUCCAACCGGGAGCCCACAAACACAGAUGAUUGGUGUCCUCCAGGCUGGGAUGGCCUCAUCUGUUGGCCCCAGGGCUCUCCAGGGUUAAUCACCAGGGUCCCAUGCCCCUCCUACAUCUAUGACUUCAACCAUAAAGGCAGUGCGUACAGAAAGUGUGACGUCAACGGCUCCUGGGUGUUUGUGGAGAGCUUGAACAGAACGUGGGCGAACUACACGGAAUGCCUGCACUUCCUGCAGCCGCGCAAUGAGAAGGGCAAGGAGAACUUCUUCAGGCGGCUGUACGUGAUGUACACCGUGGGCUACGCCGUCUCCUUCAGCUCCCUCCUGGUAGCCAUCUUCAUUAUCGCAUACUUCAGGCGUCUCCACUGCACCAGGAACUACAUCCAUGUGCACCUCUUCAUCUCCUUCAUGCUGAGGGCGGUCAGCAUCUUUGUGAAGGACAAGGUGGACUACGCCUGGGCCGGCCUGCAGGACUUUGACUCUCUGCUCAUGGACAACAUCAAGCCAGUCACCAUUGCGCCGCUGGAUAACUCCCAGUAUAUCGGAUGUAAGAUCACGGUGCUGCUCUUCAUCUACUUCCUGGCCACCAACUACUACUGGAUCCUGGUGGAGGGGCUGUACCUCCACAGCCUCAUCUUCAUGGCCUUCCUGUCCGACUCCAAGUACCUGUGGAGGCUGACACUCAUCGGAUGGGGUGUUCCCGCUGUGUUUGUGGCAGCAUGGGCGGUCGUCAGAGCAACCCUGGCCGACACCAGGUGCUGGGAACAGAGUGCCGGCAACAUUAAAUGGAUAUAUGAGGUCCCCAUCUUGACAGCUAUCGGGCUGAACUUCCUGCUGUUUGUGAACAUUGUGCGCGUGCUGGCCACCAAGAUCCGGGAAACCAACGCUGGAAGGUAUGACACCAGGAAACAGUAUAGGAAACUGGCCAAGUCCACUCUGGUGCUGGUGUUGGUGUUCGGGGUCCACUACAUCAUCUUCGUGGGAUUACCGCAGACGACUAAAGGGCCAAGCUGGGAGGUCCGCAUGUACUUUGAGCUCUUCUUCAACUCCUUCCAGGGCUUUUUUGUAUCCAUAAUAUACUGCUACUGCAACGGAGAGGUGCAGACGGAGGUGCGGAAGACGUGGACGCGCUGGAACCUGGCGCUGGACUGGAAGGUGCCGGUGGCGUGCGGGCCCUGCCGCUACGGCUCGGUGCUGACGGGCCUCAACAACAACAACCACAGCACCAGCAGCCAGUCGCACCUGGCGCUGGGCCACCACGCCGCCACGCGCUCCACCACGCUGGUGUCCAGCCGCGUGUACCGCAGCUCGGCGCCGCCCGCCCCCAGCGUCGUGCACGCCGCGCUGCCCGGCUACGUGGCGAGCGGCUCGGACGCCGACAGCCCCCAGCCGUCGGUGCGCGACGACGCCGAGGCGGAGGCUGAGGCGGGAGACGGAGACAGCGGGCCCAAGCGUCUGGAGGACAUCUCGCUGAAGGAGGCGCUGCCCGUGCUGGACAGCAGCGCCACUGCCGAGGACGAGGAGGAGGAGACCCUGUGAGUGAGACCGCCUGGAGGGGGGGGGGAGGGGGGGCGUGAGGGGGCUCAGGCCUCCACUCGCCACUGCAUGUCAACAGGGUGCUCCGAGGGAGGUCCGCUGACCAAGCGUUUACCCGCUUUGUACAUCCGAACAAUGCAUGGCCAAGGAGUGAUUGCAUCGUUUAUGAGUGAGAGUGGUGAGUCGCCCCGCGGGUUGCAGCUCUGCAGGGGGGUCGUUUAUUUGAAAGUUACUGGACGGAGCCACAGGCCGCGUGGCCGCAGCAGUGGGGCCCCUUCGAUGGCGCACUUAAGGCGCUGUUUAGCAGCCCCGGUGCGAGAGGGACGACGACAGAGUUUUUUGUCAAACGAAACGCUUGAUGGUGUAGGACUCGGGUAGGAAACUCAUGAAACCCAAGGUGUUGGAGUACGGACAUGUCACGUCAACGGUAAUUUCAAAGGCCAGUUGGUCGCCGGAUAAGAAUAGAAUGGUCUGGAAAAGAUCCCAAGAAAUGGGAACUGCCUCAUCCAUGUGUCCACUCAUUUAUUGAAUCACUGUGAUAUAGGUGUAUAUUUGUAUAUAUGUAUGUAACGCAUGCAAGCUCCUUGUCCUGUCUUGCUGUAUGCUUGGUGAUGUGUUCGGUGCUGAAUGUGUGCACGUGCUGCACACAUCAUUCUUUUAAUAAUUUAAAAAAAUGGAUGCUUGAUUGUUUUUUCAAUUGUUAUUUUAUUGACAAAUUGUGCUUUCAUCCCUUUCCUCACUUGAUGUAUGUUGUUUACAUCGGCAGUAUUUGUGGCUCAAAGUGUUGAAAAAAAUUGCUAUUUUUGUAUAAUGACAUGUUUACAAUGCAGCAGUAUAAUGACAUGUUUACAAUGCAGCAACUGGAAACUGUGAAAAAUGUACAUAAAUGGCGCUUCAAAACAUGUACUGUGAGGUUUAAAGCACACUCAAACGCACACACACAAACACCACAUCACACCACAACACACGCGCGCGCACAAACACAAACACCAAACCAGAAUGGAGGAGUGUACACAAACCAACAUACUUGGAUGUUAUCGCUUGUACCACUUUUGACAAUCACUGAUUGACCCGAUGUCUUUAAUCCACAGGGCUUAGGCCCAGUAUUUUAGUUCGGGCUCUGUGGGCAUGUUCAUCAGAGGGUCCAGAUGCACAACGCAGCUCACUGAAUAAAGGGGUUAACAAGAUAUCCAACUAUUUGUGUCACAUCAGCUUUUUCUACAGGUUAUCGGCUCGAUCGAGAGAUCGAGCCAAUCAUUUUGUUCCUGAAUCGUCAUCAAUCCCCCUCUUCUUAGCUCUAAAAUAUCGAUUCCUCUUCAUCACACUUAGUGUCACUCUCUCUUUAUUUAUUAUUGACUUGAUUAUACUAAAUAAAGACAUCUGUCACCCUCACUUUCGCUUGUUUCCCCUUUGCUCCUUUAUCUGUUCCUCUCUCUCAAAUAAUAAGAAAUUGAAACCCAAAGCCUUUAACAGUCCCUCUCUCUCUCUCUCUCUCUCUCUCGCUCUCACAACACGUUCAGGGUUUCACAUUGCUGAAUCUGUAAUAAAACUCUUGUGUAUCUACAAAAUGUUCAAUGCUGUACAUAAAACUACCCGCCACAUAUGACCUUUACAGGCACUUACAAGCCUCAGCCUUUGCUCUUGCUCUGAAGAGGCUGAAUAUGCAUCAUGAUCUUUGCAAGGAAAGGGACAUAU